CAGUAGUGAUACCAGACUGAAACUUCGAAACCAAAAGGCCUCUCUCUCUCUCGCUACAUGCAAGGAAAUUGUUGCCCUGAAACCCUCGCAUUGUCAUGACGUCGAAGGGCAAGGGGAUCGCCGGAGGUGGAUCCUCCGGCGGCAAGCGUAAGUACGACGAUGACAAGACCGGCGGUGGCCGGAAGAGGACCGACCGCGGCGUCCUCAAGUUCUUCGAAGAUGUCGCUGCGGAAGCCGACGACGGCGACGACAGUGACUUCGAUGACGAUUUUAUGGAAGAAGAAUUUGAAACAGAACCUGUAGUCAAGAAUGAACCAGGGAAAGCACAUAACCUUCCAUUCAUUCCUAAAGAGGAGGAUGUGGAUGGUGAAGAAUUUGAAAAAAUGAUGGAAGAACGAUACAGGAGUGGUUCUAGCUAUAUUACCUAUGCCGAAGAUAAUUAUGAGAACAAAAGGUCAGUUGACGGAAGUGUUCUUCUGCCUACUGUUAAGGAUCCAAUCAUCUGGAAAGUGAAAUGCAUGGUUGGACGCGAGAGGCAUUCAGCUUUCUGUAUGAUGCAGAAGUUUGUUGACUUACGAUCGCUAGGUACCAAACUGGAGAUAAUUUCUGCGUUUGCUGUUGAGCACAUCAAGGGUUUUCUUUUCAUCGAAGCUGACAAGCAAUCUGAUAUUAAUGAGGCAUGCAAAGGAAUUUGUAGCAUAUAUUCGUCCCGAGUAAUGCCAGUUCCAAAUAAUGAAGUUUCUCAUUUGCUGUCUCCUCGGACUAGAUACAAUGGAAUUACUGUGGGCAUGUGGGCCCGCGUGAAGAGUGGGAACUACAAGGGUGAUUUGGCACAGGUUGUGUUCAUGAACGAUUUACGAAAACGAGCGACAGUAAAGCUGAUCCCAAGAAUCAAUCUACAAGCAAUGGCUGCAAAAUUUGGUGGGGGAGGUACUAGAAAGAAAGUCCCCGCUCCUGCACCGAGAUUGAUCAACUCAAGCGAACUCGAGGAGUUCCGCCCUCUCAUUCAGUGCAGGAAGGAUCGUGAAAGUGGCAUGAGGUUUGAAUUUCUUGAUGGUCUGAUGUUCAAGGAUGGAUAUUUAUACAAAAAAGUACCAAUAGAUUCAUUAAGCUUCUGGGGUGUUAUGCCAUCAGAAGAGGAGCUACUGAAAUUCAAGUCUUCUGAGAACAAUGAAGGUGAUAAUUUGGAGUGGCUGACAGAGCUUUAUGGUAAGGAAAAGAAAAGACGGACCAUCAAAAUUGAGGAAGGGGGUGGGAAAGGAGAGGGUUCAUCUGGGUGUAUGGGGAAAGGAGAGGGCUCAUCGGGUUCUAUGGGGAAAGGAGAGGGCUCAUCUGGGUGUAUGGGGAAAGGAGAGGGCUCAUCGGGUUCUAUGGGAAAAGGAGAGAGCGCAUCGGGUUCUAUGGGUAAAGGAGAGGGCUCAUCGGGUUCUAUGGGUAAGGGAGAGGGAUCAUCAGGUUCUAUGGGGAAAGGAGAGGGUUCAUUAGGGUCUGUGGGGAAAGGAGUGGGUUCAUCAGGAUCUGGUGGGAAUUGCUUUGAACUGUAUGAUCUUGUUUGUCUUGGUCGGAAAGAUUUUGGUCUUGUAAUAGGCAUGGAGAAAGAUGAUAGUUACAAGAUUCUGAAAGAGGGGCUGGAAGGACCUGUUGUUCUGAUUGUUCAGAAGCGUGAGCUAAAGAAUGUUCUUUCUGAUAUGAAAUUUACGGCUUUAGAUCGGCGCACGAAACCCAUAUGCGUUAGUGAUACUGUCAAAGUGUUGGAAGGACCAUUGAAGGAUAGGCAGGGGAUUGUUAGGCAAAUCUAUAGAGGUACCAUAUUCUUGUAUGAUGAGAACGAGACAGAAAAUGGUGGUUAUUUCUGCUCAAAAUCUCAUAUGUGUGAGAAAAUUAAGCUUUAUAAUGAUGCUUGCAAAGAAAAGGAUGGGGAUUCAGGUGGUCCAGGUUUUGAAGAUUUCAUGUCAUCUCCUAAAUCCCCUCUAUCGCCAAAAAAGCCAUGGCUAGAAAGAGAUAGUAACUUUAAUCGGGGUGAUACAGAUGGAAUUUUCUCAAUUGGUCAAACUGUGAGAAUCCGUGUGGGUCCCUUGAAGGGAUACCUCUGUCGCAUUUUGGCUAUACGCCGUGCUGAUAUCACUGUUAAGCUUGAUUCUCAGCAGAAGGUUCUUACAGUUAAAUGUGAGCAUCUUUCUGAAGUUCGUGGAAAGAGCUCUUCUGUGCUGAUUAGUGAGGAUCCGGAGUCCAGUUUAAAACCAUUUGAUAUGCUUGGAAAUGAAGGAGGCUCUAAAGAUUGGACAGAUGGAGCUGGGGCAUCAGCUGGCGGUGCUGGCAAUGGGUGGAAUGCUGGAGGGGUAUCUGGUGAAAGGAAUUCUUGGCCAAGUUUCUCUGCCACAGGCAUUUCGAUUCAGUCAGAGUCCAUUUCUGGUCAGGAUGGAAAUGAUGUUAAGAAAGAUGAUUCUUGGGAGAGCAAAGUUGCUCCAAAUAAAAUUUCGUCCUGGGGUGCAGCAACAGAUAACAAUGAUCAAGGUGCUGGCUGGGGAAAAGGUGUGGACUCUUGGGGUAAAUCUAGUGCUAAAACUGGGGGUGACAGCAGUGCAUCGGAUAUUUGGCAGAAGGCAAUAGAACCUUCUGGUACUGCUACUGCUGGGAAUAGCCAACUGGAUUCAUGGGGCAAAGGUAAAAAUGUAGUUGAAUCAGGAUCAUGGGAAAAGAAUUCUGAUGCAACAUCUGGUGAUAUUGCUAGUUCUGGGUGGGGUCAACAGAAACCUUUGGACAAAGGAAAUGCAGUCAGUAGUGAUGGGUCUGAUUGGGGUAAGGCUCAGAAUAAAGGAGCCGGUUGGGGAACUAAAGAAGAUUCUUGCAGUAAAGCCACAGGGAACUGGAGCACUAAAGAUGAAUCAAGUGCUGGUGAGGCAGGGUGGAAAAUUUCAAAGCCGGCAGAAGAUGUUCAGACAGGAAGCUGGGGUAAUGCAGGUGGGGUUUUGCCCCAAUCAGAGGCAGGAAACGAAGAUGAAGCAAGUGGCUGGGCAAAACCUAAAGGUGCAUUUAGUAAUGAGAAUCAGAAUGACAGUUGGAAGAAACCAAGUGGUGUAGAUGACAAUAAAAGAGCUUCCUGGGGUAAAGCAGAUGGAGGUUCUGCUUGGAAUAAACAAGACGGAGAUUCUACAUGGAAUAAACAAGGUGAAGGUUCUACUUGGAAUAAGCAAGAUGGCGGUUCUGCUUGGAAUAAACCAGCAGGAGAUUCUUCUUGGAGUAAACAAGCUGGAGGAUCUUCAUGGGGUAAACAAGCUGAUGUAACAGCAGGACAUGAGUCUGGCGGAGUGGGGAAUCAAGAUGAUGGUUGGAAGAGAGCAAAAAGUUUUGGCGGUGAUCAAGGAUCUGGUGGUUGGGGCAAAGGGAGUGGGGAUAAGGGUGAUAUAGAUCAGCAAGACUUCUCGGGAAGGCCAAAAUCCUUUGAGGGGGCUCAUGGGUUUGGUGGAAGAAGAGGAGGAAGAGGAGGUAGAGAUCAAUUUGGCAGGGGUAGGUCAUUCAGUCAGGAUCAAUCCUCUGGGUGGAACAAGGAUCGGGAAAACAAUAGGAGUGCUGAUGGAAUAGGUGGUUGGAAGAAUCCAAAUGCUUCUGUUGAGAACAAUGGAUCAGGUUGGAGCAAAGGAUGGGGGGGUGAUUGGAAUGCUCCAAAAUCUUCUGACAGAGACCAAAUGUCAGGAUGGGGUCAAACUAAAGCUUGGCAAAGUGGGUCAAGUGAUGGAGGAAAUCAAGUUUCUAGCUGGGGCCAAAAGGGCAGUUGGAACUCCAGAUCUAGUGAGGCUGGUGGCAAUCAGGAUUCUAGUAGUGGUGGGAAAAGAGAUUGGAACAUUGGAUCUGAUUCCUCAGGUGGGAACCAGGAUUCUACUUGGGGCAAGAAAAGCAACUGGAACUCCGGAUCUGGUGACACUGGCGGCAAUAAAGAUUCUGGCUGGGGAAGGAAAAAUAGUUGGAACUCAGGAUCUGGUGAUGCAGAUCAGAAUUCUAAUUGGAGCAGUAAAAGCAAUUGGAAUUCAGCAAAUUCUUUUGGUGGCAGUCAAUCAAUAGAUGGUGGGAAUGGAGACCAACCUGAAGAUUUCAAUAAUAAUCGAAGUGGUGGAAAUUGGAGAGGUGGUUCAGGUAGAGGAAAUUCAGACAGAGGAGGUUUUAGAGGUGGACGGGGUUUUGGAUGUGGAGGUGGUGAGAGAGAGGGAGAUAGAGGGGGCUUUGGACGUAGAGGGGGUUUUGGUGGUAGAGGUGGAGACAGAGGGAGCUUUGGUGGUAGGGGUAGAUCAGACAGAGGAGGGUUUGGUGGUAGAGGAGGAUCAGACGGAGGAGGGUUUGGUGGUACAGGUGGAUCAGACGGAGGAGGGUUUGGUGGUACAGAUGGAUCAGAUGGAGGAGGGUUUGGUGGUACAGGCUACGGAGGAAGAGGGCGUGGGAGGGAUCAAAGUGGUGGUUGGAGCAAUAGAAAUGAUUCUUUUGAUAAUAAUUCAUCAGGCUGGAGCAAAGGGGCAGAUGGUGCUGGCGAGGGAUGGAAAAAAGACAAUGGUGGAGGAAGUUGGAACCAAGGAGGUGGCAGUAAGAACGAUUGGCAGGGUGGGAAAUCUAGCGGAUGGAUUAGCCAGAGCUCUGGUUGGAACCAGUCUGAUGUGAAUAAAGGAAUUGGCGGUUCAGGAUCAGGUUGGAAUCAGACAGUGGAGGCUAAAGAUACUGCUGCCACUCAGGACAAAGGAACAGGCUCUCGUAAUGAAGCGAGCGGAAGCUGGGCAAACAAUUGGAAAUCAUCAGAUGCUUGUAAUGUGGACCAGUUGUCAAGCUGGAAACAAUCGACUGCAGCCAAAGAAGUCAAAGGAACCACUGAUCAAGAUGGUGGCUGGAACAAGGGACCAAGCUCAAGCACACAAGCUGGGGGCUGGGGCAACCAGGGUUCAGGUUGGAACAAAGGAACAGGUUCAGGAUUUGGAGGCGGUACUGGAGGCCAACCAAGUGCUGCUGGAGGAGGUAAAUCAUCCGACUGGAAGCAAUCAAGCACUUCAAGUGGGGCUCAGUCCUCUGGUUGGAAUCAAUCAGGUGAGGCAAAACAAGGAACCGAUCAAGGUGCAGUACCAACCAAUUCAUGGGGCAAAGCAGCAGCAGCAUGCUCUUGGGGCAACGGAUCUGAUGGUGGUGAGGCAAAACAAGGAACCGAUGAAGGUGCAAAACCGACUAAUUCCUGGGGCAAAGCCGUAGCACCCGCAAGCUCUUGGGGCAAGGGAUCUGAUGGUGGAAGUGGCAAAGGAGGGUGGUGAUCAGAUCACUCUUCAAAAAAAGUAGUGUUUUUAACUUAAAUGGUGUAGAUAUUGCUUUGUCUUUCGCACAGCUAUAAGGAUCGUAACUUAUUAAACCCCUGUAUCUAUUGACAAUGGUUGAUAUUUGGUAUGCAUCUUUUUGUCAACAUUCAAGCCUUAGCAUGAAACAGAUGAUGUUAUGGAACAAGCUUUUCUCAAAAUAAAAUUGCUUCCGAAAA